UAAUCUUGCGGAGACCGGUUCUCUGGUUAGAGAGAGUAGGAGACUGACGGGAGGGGGAAGAUGGCGGCGUCCAAGGUGAAGCAGGACAUGCCUCCUCCGGGAGGUUAUGGACCCAUAGAUUAUAAGAGAAAUCUCCCCCGCCGUGGUUUGAGCGGUUACUCCAUGUUUGCUGUUGGCAUUGGCACCUUGCUCUUUGGUUAUUGGAGCAUAUUCCGUUGGAACAGAGAAAGAAGGCGGCUGCUAAUUGAAGAUCUAGAAACCCGUGUAGCUAUUUUACCCCUCCUUCAGGCUGAAUCAGACAGACGAAUGUUACGACAGUUGAGACAAAACCUGGAGGAAGAGGCCGUUAUUAUGAAAGACGUACCAGGGUGGAAGGUUGGAGAGUCCACUUUCAACACUGAUCGCUGGGUGACCCCGACUCUGAAUGAGCUAUACAACCUGCAGCCAAGGGAAGAACUUGUCAGAAAGAGAUUUGGUUUGCAGUGGUACGUCUGACCCAUGGCAUCUACUCCAAAAGUCUGUAUUAGCAUCCGGAAAAUAAAAUUCUACAUCUCUCUGA